AUGGAAGUUGAUCAAGAGGUACAAGUGAGUGAAUCAGAACAGGUCAAUACACAUGUUUAUUCGGUGUGGGCGCUUCCACCGGAGGACCUAAGGCCGAGACUGAAGAAGUUGAUGGAGGGUCUCAGAUCGGAGUUCGGAGGGCCGGAGUUCGAGCCUCACGUGACCGUCGUCGGAGCGAUUAGUUUGACGGAGGGGGAUGCACGUGACAAGUUUAGGAAGGCGUGCGAGGGAUUGAAGGCUUAUUCAGCUACUGUGGAGAGAGUGGCGACUGGGACUUUCUUUUAUCAGUGUGUUUUUCUUUUACUGGAUCCAACGGCCGAGGUGGUAGAGACCAGUGCACACUGCAGCAGUCAUUUUGGUUACAAGAACUCCUCACCUUAUAUGCCACAUUUGAGCCUCCUUUACGGAGAUUUGACAGACGAAGAGAAGAAGAACGCUCAAGAGAAAGCUAACAUUCUUGAUGAAGGCAUUGGCAGCGUGAGAUUCAACAUACCUCGCCUUGCACUGUAUAAAACAGACACCGAAGACAAAACACUUAAAUCUUGGGAAAUGAUUGCUGAGUGCAACCUUGACCCCAAAUAA